ACUUGGCCGUUAUCACAACAGAUCAGUCUUGGCCGGAGAGAGAAGUGCGACUUCUUCACUUCGGAGCAAAUUCUCUCUGUUUGUUUUGUUUUUACAGCUUUUUGUCGUCUUUGUUUCUCGUCGGAGUUUGUCAGUCUUCCUUUCAGGAUGGUUAAAGUGUCUUUUAGCUCCGCUUUGGCUCAAAAAGAUGUGAAAAAGGACGCCGAAACUCUGAUCCCCGAGGAGGACAAAGAUGCGGAGGCCGCUCUGCCGCAGCGUCACCAGUCUCGGGCCUGGUGCUGGUGCAUGUGCCUGGGUCUCGCCCUCAUGCUGUCGGGGGUGGUGGUUGGAGGUGCAUACCUGUACCGCUACUACAUCCUGGAGGUGAGCUACCUGACCCGACAAGGGCUGGAAGACGAGGAGGACCAGGUGUUUGUGUGCGGGGUGAACUACCGUGAGGAAGACUUCAUGAUCCGUGAGGAAGACGAGGUGGCGGUGGAGCUGCCCAACCAGUUCCCCCUGCGGCAGCUGGAGGAGAGGAUCCGCAUUCUGGAGCGGGAGCAGGUGGAGCUCAUCAGCGUCCCCGUGCCCGAGUUCGACGACGGAGACCCAGCUGACAUCGUCCACGACUUCCAGCGGAGGUUGACCGCCUACCUGGAUCUGAGUCUGAACAAGUGCUACGUCAUCCCGCUCAACACCUCCAUCGUCAUGCCGCCCAGAGACUUCCUGGAGCUGCUCGUCAACGUCAAGGCCGGCACCUACCUGCCUCAGUCUUACCUGCUGCACGAGGAGAUGAUCGUGACGGAGCGGCUGGAGCACGUGGACCAGCUCGGCUACUUCAUCUACAACCUCUGCCGCGGCAAAGACACCUACAAGCUGCAGCGCAGAGACAGGAUUCUGGGUAUGCAGAAGCGUGAAGCUCUGAACUGCCACAAGAUCCGUCACUUCGAGAGCCAGUAUGUGGUGGAGACUCUGAUCUGCGAGUCUUAAGAGACGUCGCCGCCGGCGUGCAGUGAGAUGUGUUUUUAAUCCUCACCUGUCUUUUUAUUUUCUGUCCUUUACUUCAGGUAGUUUGAGUGAGAGGAGUGCAAUGUGAAGCUGUUUGGUAAAUAUUCAUUGAUUGUGAUGAGAAAAGAAAAAGAAAAAAAGGUGAAGUCGUUGUAUUUUUCCACUUUUCUGUACGGGAUCUUCUUUUCAUACAAUAACUAGUUAAUGUCGGCUGAGAUAGUAAAUUAUUUUAAUCAAAAUAACUGCAAUUAUAGCAUGAGCGUGUAUUUCAAUAGACGGGGUAAAUGUAGUGUUCUUUCAGUCCAAACGUAAAGAUUCAAGAUACGGGCGACUUUUGUACCACCCGGGUGUUGGAGCAGGGAGUUAGUUUUUUGUAUUUUGUCUGCUGUAGCCGUUAAUACACUGCACCUGUUGUUCUUAACUGGAAGACGAUCUUAAAAUAAGAGUGUGCUCCUCUUGUUUAGCUUUAAAAAUAAAUACCAGAAAUAAGAAAAGUCACCGCAGUUUAGACAAACUUAUGUUAAAAUCUUUCUCUCAAAGGGUUCUGUCUUUUUUUGAAUGUGUAAUUUUUUUUGGAUAACUCUUCCUGUUGUACUAAUUUGUGUAUAUAAUCUCUCUGAAGACAUGAACAAACCAACACAAUAAACAAAACAGAAAAAACAAA